GGGGCUGGCGGUGGCUCGGCGCCGGUGGCGGGAAGGAAAUGCGCCGGCUGCUCUGUGCUACGUCCGCCCUUCGUUCCUUUUCGUAACCGGAACUGUGGCGACAAUCUUGUCCAACUGCUCCUACUCCGGGAAGGGCUACAAACUGCUCGGAUUUUGUUACCUUUUCAUUUCGUCCGCUCUUCCCGGAAGGUGAAAGGUCGAAGCGUAAAUAGACCCACCUCCAGGACCCCAAAUCCCCGGCCACACGGGCGCCAUUACUCUCCGGACUCAUUUGUUAAAGCUCUUUUUGGGGUACGCCUGUGUGGAUGAUUAUCCCCGAAGUGAAGAAGCCUUGGCUCUGAAGCGUGCUUCUCAGGGUUUGGGGAUGCCGCAACCCAGCCUCUUGAUGCAGUGUGAAUCCAGUUCACGGGAAGAGGAGAUCCCGUCCCUCUUUUGGGGUUUGGAUCCUGUGUUUCUAGCCUUUGCAAAACUCUACAUCAGAGAUAUCCUGGAGAUGAAGGAAUCCCAGCAAGUGCCAGGUAUAUAUAUUUACAACGGCCAUCCAAUAAGACGGGUGGAUAUCAUGGGAACUGUCGUUGGCGUGAGAGAAAGGGAUGCUUUCUACAGCUAUGCAGGACAUGUGGAUCGACCGGCAGGCCCAAGCCUCUCAACUACCGCUGAUGCUUCUCUUUCAGUGGAUGACGCCACUGGAGUUAUAAACUGCACCUGCUGGAAAAGGUUGAGCAAUACCGAGUCUUCAUCAGACCCAGCUGCUCCAAGCACUGCAAGAGAGCUAAGCAUGACCUCACAGCUUAAGAAACUGCAGGAGACCAUCAAGCAGAAAACCAAGAUCGAAAUCGGGGACGUUAUCCAUGUCAGAGGUUCUGUGCGCAUGUUCAGAGAACAGCGAGAAAUCAGUGCCACCCUUUACUAUAAGGUGGACGAUCCAGUGUGGAAUAUUCAAACUGCGAGAAUGCUCGAGCUGCCAGUGCUCUACAGGAGAGUGUACGACCAGCCCUUCCGCAGCCCAGCCCUAACGGAGGAAGAGCCACCUGACAAGACAGGCACUUUGGAUCUCGCCGGCCUCACGUCUUUGUUGAGUGAGAAAAUCAAAGAAUUUCUCCAGGAGAAGAAAGUGCACACCUUCUACCAGCAGGACGUGGAAAUGGUGGAGUCCCUGCAGUCCCUGGCCAGCCAGCCCGUGGCCAGCCAGCCCGUGGCUCACGGCACCUGCUCGGACAAAGUGGAGUCAAAGACCAGCACCACUUCCGGUACAGUCCACAGUGUGUUUAAGAAUGCUAUACAGAUGCUGUGGGACAAGGGAUUCGUGUUCCAGAGAGAUGGUGGCUCUCAUAAGCCAUACUACGUAACCAGCAAGGACAAAGACCUGCACCAAAGGAUCUACCAGAUCAUUAAGGAAGAGUGCCGGAAACCAAAUCGCGGCUUCUACCAGGCUACCCAAAAACAUCUCUUUGUUCCCUUCCUCAGUCCAUGUGAAGCCUAUGGGAAACUCCAGCAGCGGCUCUGGGAGAAGGGUGUGCAUGACCAUCCUGAAGGGUGGUGUUCCAGGACAAAGCUUUGUGGCUGAGCCUUGGAUGCUUGCUGUUCUCCUGACAGAGGGCUAAAUGUGAGCCUAUGUUCGAUCAGUGGGAUUUCAUGUAAUGCUGAAUUUUAUCAGUCUAUUUCUAUUGAAAUUUGACAACCUGUCUAUUGCUUGCUAACCUUGACUGUAGUUAUUAAGACAAAAUAGGCAAAUCCGGGAAUAACACCAGGUUCUACUCACAAGAAUUCCAAAUCAAACCCUAAAGUUCCGUUAUGUCAAAGUAAAAUGCUGUGUUUUCACUUGGAAUCAGGAAGGAAAUGCAAAGGUGACCUGAUGGCUUUGGUUUGCGGGGUUUUGUUUUGUUUUGUUUGUUUUUUUGCAUCUAUUGUGUGUGUAUAUACACCUGGGCACACAUGUAUCAGAGGACACCUUAUGUGAGUUGGUUCUCUCCUUCCACCUUGCAUUCAGGACAUCAGACUUGAUGUAGAGUGUCUUUACCUACUGAGCUGUCUCACGGGCAGGCAAAGUAACACAGAUUUACAGGGUUAAACAAAUGCAACUUAAAAGGAUGCAACACAUCUUUGCAUCAUUAAACAAAUGUUCCUAGGCAUAAACAAAUGUAACACUUCUUAAACUAAUAUUAUAUAGCAUGUCUCCUUUUUUAUCUAAAUAAAAGGAAAGGCUUUAACUUGACCAUAGUAAAACUAUGUGCAACAGCAACAGUUAAAAAGUAAGAAUUACAUUUACAAUAUUCAGUCCAUUUGUAUUAACAAAUUCAGAGAAAAUAGUCCAUUACCUGUCUUAUCUUAGUGAUUCCAAAGUUUUAUACUUAAUUUACUUUCUAUCAUAACUAAGAAAAACUACAACUCUAUUUAGUCUUUAACUCCAUCCAAGACCUCAGAAAGAUGUAAUAUUACCUAACAACAGAGACAUCUAGCUACCUGGAAGUCACCUAAAGUUUCUCUGCAACAUUGGGACAUCUAUCUUCAGCCUACAGGCCUAGAACAUCUAGUAGACUUUUCAGUGAAGCAGGAAAUUUGAAGGACUGUCC